CGUGCCUACUUGCACAAGGAAUCACUGAUGGUGAUUCACCAUCUUUUCAUGGUGUUGGUUUGCUUCCCUGUGUCUGUGCUGUGGCGUCAAGGCAAAGGUGACUUCUUUCUGGGUUGUAUGUUGAUGGCUGAACUCAGCACCCCUUUUGUCUGCCUUGGGAAGGUUCUCAUCCUGUACAAGCAGCAGCACACCCUUCUCCACAAGGUGAAUGGCAUGGCCAUGCUAGUCACAUUCUUCUUCUGCCGAAUCCUGCUCUUUCCAUAUAUGUACUGGGUAUAUGGGCAGUAUGCUGGCUUGCCCUUCUACCGUGUACCCUUCUCCAUCCCUGCUGAGUACAACUUGGGAUCGGCCAUCCUCAUGGCUCCCCAGAUAUACUGGUUUGGCCUCAUCUGCCGUGGAGCGUUCCGUGUCUUCCGUGCCCAGGGUACCACCAAGGAACAAGUAUUGCGAAAUGGGCACAGGAUGGAUAGCCAGGCACAGGACUAAUGGCUCUCUUGCCCCCUCCCUCAGC